CUGGCCUUGGCAGAGUUAUACGAAGAUGAAGCUAAAAGGCAGUCGUUGUGUUCUGACAAACCAGCUGCUGCAAAGACUGGUAGCACAAAAGCAUCACAGAGUCUUAAAUUGGAUUCUCUUAGAAGGCUGAGAAAACCAGAGAGAAGCAUGAGCGAUGACAAAGAAAACCAAAGAUUUUAUUCAGGUGACUCAGAAUAUAGAGGAUUACACAUUUCUGGGGCUUCUAAUAAUCCGAGUAAAAUUGUUGCUGAACUCUUCAAGGAAGCAAAAGAACAUGGGGCUGUCCCGUUAGAUGAAGCCGCAAGAGCAGCUGGUGAUUUCAGUAAAGCUAAGUCAUUUUCUGGUGGUGGAUAUAGAUUGGGUGACUCAUCACAAAAGCAUUCUGAAUACAUAUAUGGAGAAAAUCAAGAUGUUCAAAUUUUGCUGAAACUGUGGAGGAAUGGCUUCAGCUUAGAUGAUGGCGAGUUGAGAUCCUAUUCAGACCCAACAAAUGCUCAGUUUCUUGAGUCUGUUAAAAGAGGGGAAAUUCCUGUGGAACUGCAGCGACUUGUUCACGGUGGCCAGGUGAAUUUGGAUAUGGAAGAUCACCAAGAACAGGAAUAUGUGAAGCCCAGACUGCGAUUCAAAGCUUUCAGUGGCGAAGGGCAGAAACUUGGAAGCCUUACACCUGAAAUAGUCAGCACACCUUCUUCCCCAGAGGAGGAGCAUAAAUCCAUUCUUAAUGCACCCGUUCUGAUCGAUGAUUCCGUGCCAGCAACUAAAAUUCAAAUCAGAUUAGCAGAUGGAAGCCGAUUAAUACAGAGAUUUAAUCAAACGCACAGGAUUAAGCACAUUCGAGAUUUCAUCAUCCAGUCUCGUCCAGCUUUUGCAACAACCGAUUUUGUUCUUGUGACUACCUUUCCAAAUAAAGAGCUAACAGAUGAAAGCCUCACACUACAAGAAGCAGAUAUACUUAACACUGUGAUUCUUCAGCAACUAAAGUAAUCUUACACUUGUACAAUAUGGGGAGCCUUCGGUAUUGUCAUACAGUAUAUUUCCAACAAAUCAAAGAAAGGGAAUAUCAGUGUUUUUUUUAUUCUGUCCUUUCCAGAUCAGAUUUUUGAAUUUCAUGUCU